AUGCCUUUGGUAGACGAUGGAUUCGAGGCCCUCCUGGAGCCUUUCUACAAUGGAAAGAAGCUCACGGAUCCCAUCUCCACCAAGGAGGAUAAAUUCCAGCUUCUACCAGCCUUCCUAAAAGUCAAGGGCCUCGUUAAGCAGCACAUCGACUCGUACAACUUCUUCGUCGAGCAAGAGAUCAAGGAUAUUGUUCGCGCCAACCGGACCAUCCGCAGCGACGUGGAUAGCAACUUUUGGCUUGAAUUCACCGAUAUUAGAGUCGAUCGCCCCAGACGGCAGGACUGGCAAGAUGCUAAGUCGCACACCGAUGUCACUCCUAUGGAGUGCCGUCUCCGAGAUAUGACAUACGCCGCUCCAAUCCUCGUCGAUAUCCAAUACAUUCGAGACAAGCAGAGGAUCGUGCGAAAGAACGUUCCCCUGGGCCGCAUGCCUGUGAUGCUGAAGAGCUCCAAGUGCCGACUCGGUGGUGCCACCAAUACCCAGAUGGAGGAGAUGAACGAGUGCCCACUUGAUCCGGGCGGUUACUUCAUCAUCGGCGGCACGGAAAAGGUCAUUCUUAUCCAGGAGCAACUGAGCAAGAACCGUGUCAUUGUCGAAGCGGACGAGAAGAACAACGUUAUUUCCGCCUCAGUUACCAGUUCCACCCACGAACGAAAGUCGAAGACCUAUGUCACCCUGAAGAAGGACAGGAUUCUCCUCACACACAACGUCCUUGUGGAGGGAAUCCCCAUCGUGAUUGUCCUCAAGGCGCUUGGUGGAAAAUCAGACAUGGAGAUCAUGGAGCUUGUUGCGGGAUCUGAUGGCAGAUACCAAGACGAGUUUCUGGUCAACUUUGACGAGGCGACAAAAGCGGGCAUCUUUACCCAGCACCAGGCGCUAGAGUAUAUCGGUGCCAGAGUGAAGAUGGGAUCGCGCAAGGGUCAGUUUGGCCCUCAAGUGCGUCGCAACCAUGUCGAAGAAGGUCUCGACGCCCUUGCCAACCUUGUUAUUGCCCAUGUUCCCAUCGAGGAGCUCGACUUCUAUCCCAAAGCUAUCUACGUGGCUAUGAUGACCCGAAAGGUCCUCAUGGCUGCCCACAACCCCAAGCUGGUCGAUGACAGAGAUUUUGUCGGCAACAAGCGACUUGAGCUUGCUGGCCAGCUUCUUUCUCUCCUCUUUGAAGAUUUGUUCAAGCGUUUCACUGUCGAGGUCAAGAUGUCGAUCGAUAAAUUCCUCAAGAAGAACAACCGCGCAGUUCCCCUGGAUGCUGUUCACAUGAUUAGCAAUCAUGCCAACACUAUCGGAAUAGGAAUCAACCGGGCCAUCCAAACUGGUAACUGGAGCGUUAAGCGAUUCAACAUGAACCGAGCUGGUGUGACCCACGUCCUGAGUCGGCUCAGUUAUAUCGCUGCUCUUGGUAUGAUGACAAGAAUCAGCAGUCAGUUCGAGAAGACGCGAAAGGUCUCAGGUCCUCGUGCGCUCCAACCGUCGCAAUGGGGUAUGCUGUGCACUUCGGAUACCCCUGAAGGAGAAGCUUGCGGUCUGGUCAAGAACUUGGCUUUGAUGACCCAUAUCACUACAAAUGUCGAGGAAGGACCCGUGAAGGAGACUAUCCUGACGAUCGACAAGGAAGUUGAGGCUAUUGAGAAAUUCUCUGGUUCAAUGAUGCACCGGGAAGGGAGCUACAUCAUUCAUGUCAAUGGUACGCCAUUCGCAUUGACACGGAACCCGAAGAGGUUCGCACAAAGGUUCAGGACAUUGCGACGAAGAGGCGGUGUCUCUCCCUUCGUGGGCAUCAACAUCAACACACACUUCAACGCCAUCCAUAUCGCAACUGAUGAAGGUCGAAUUUGCCGUCCUUAUAUCAUUGUCAAGAAUGGGCAACAGAAGCUGAAGCCAGAGCACCUUCGACUACUUCAACUUGGAAAAGUCACCUUUGAUGAUUUCCUCAGACAGGGCGUCGUUGAGUACCUGGAUGUGAACGAGGAGAAUGACGCCCUCAUCACCAUCUACGAAGACCAAGUAACGCAAAGUACCACCCAUCUGGAGAUUGAGCCGUUCACCAUCCUGGGUGCAGUUGCAGGACUGAUUCCAUUCCCCCACCACAACCAAUCGCCUCGUAAUACUUAUCAAUGUGCUAUGGGUAAACAAGCCAUUGGUGCCAUCGCCUAUAACCAGUUCAACCGAAUCGACACUCUACUAUACACACUCGUCUACCCUCAACGACCCAUGGUUAUCUCCAAGACCAUCCAGCUCAUCGGCUAUGAUAAACUUCCCGCAGGCCAGAACGCGACUGUGGUCGUCAUGUCGUACUCUGGAUACGAUAUCGAAGAUGCUUUGGUUCUGAACAAGGCGUCGAUCGACAGAGGAUUUGGACGUUGCCAAGUCUUCCGCAAAUACACGACCGAGCUGCAAAAAUACCCCAAUGGUCGCCGAGAGCGCAUCGGCGAUCCCCAAAAUGAAGAAGGCAAGGUCAAACAACGAAUCAAGAAGCAUGAGGGUCUCGAUGACGAUGGUCUGGCCAUUGUGGGAUACAGAAUCCACAAUGGUGAGGCCAUGAUCAAGAAGGAAACACCACUUGACCAGACAAGCACCGGCAUCGGAAUGGAUCGAGGACCCAGCGAAUACCGCGAUUCUUCAGUCUCGUACCGUAUUGCCGAUCCGGCAUACAUUGACAAGGUGAUGGUAUCCCAGACAGAGAAGGACACUACAGUCAUCAAGGUCCAGACCAGACAGACUCGUCGUCCAGAGCUGGGAGACAAGUUUUCGUCUCGUCACGGCCAAAAGGGAGUGGUUGGCAUCAUUGUCGACCAGGAGGACCUGCCCUUCUCUGACAAGGGUCUGACCCCUGAUAUCAUCAUGAACCCUCACGGUUUCCCGUCUCGAAUGACGGUCGGCAAGCUGCUCGAGUGCUUGACGGGCAAGGCCUCCAUUAUCCAUGGCCGCCCCGACUACGGAUUUGGUGAUGCCUUCCGAUCGCACCCGCUUGAGGAGAUGAGCAAGGUCCUUGUUGACCACGGAUUCUCGUGGGAGGGCAAGGAUUACUUCACAUCAGGCGUGACAGGUGAGCCGCUGGAGGCAUACAUCUUCAACGGUCCCAUCUACUACCAGCGCCUGAAGCACAUGGUUCAAGACAAGAUGCACUCUCGAUCCAGAGGUCCCAAGGCCAUCCUGACACGUCAGCCCACUGAAGGUCGUUCCCGAGAAGGUGGUCUGCGUCUGGGUGAAAUGGAGCGUGAUUGUCUGAUCGCCUACGGCGCCUCUCAGCUUCUGCUGGAACGACUCAUGAUCAGCUCGGACGGCACAGAGAUUGAUAUUUGUCAGCAGUGCGGUCUGUUCGGAUACAAGGGUUACUGCCAUACAUGCAAGAGCACGAGGGAGGUGACCAAGAUGACGAUGCCGUACGCGGCCAAGCUGCUUGUGCAGGAGCUCAUCAGCAUGAAUGUAGGAGUGCGGCUUCAGAUGGAGGAUGAGUUUCCCCAUCCGACGUAG